GUCUAUAAAAUCUCUCCCAACUCCUAGAUCUGAAUCUGCGCUUCACACUAUCAUUCACUCAUUCUCUCUAUUCUCUACUUACUGCAUUUCUUCAUCUUCCAUUCUUUCUCCUAAGUCCUAAUCUAAUCUCAUUCAAUGGAGUCUGAAGGAAUCCUUUUGGGUAUGGGAAAUCCUCUUUUAGAUAUCUCAGCUGUCGUCGAUGAUGAAUUCUUGCACAAAUAUGAUAUCAAAUUGAACAAUGCCAUUCUCGCUGAGGAGAAACACUUGCCUAUGUAUGGAGAGAUGGACGAUAAAUUCAAGGUGGAAUUCAUUGCAGGAGGUGCUACUCAAAAUUCAAUAAGGGUUGCCCAGUGGAUGCUCCAAAAACCUGGUGCUACUAGUUAUAUAGGCUGCAUUGGCAAAGACAAGUUUGCUGAGGAAAUGAAGCGUGAUGCGAAAGAUGCUGGUGUAAAUGUUCAAUAUUAUGAGCAUGAGUCUGCACCUACCGGUACUUGUGCUGUUUGUAUUGUUGGUGGGGAAAGGUCAUUAGUUGCGAAUCUGUCUGCUGCAAACUGCUACAAGGUUGACCAUCUAAAGAAACCUGAAAACUGGGCAUUGGUUGAAAAGGCCAAGUACUACUACAUUGCUGGAUUUUUCCUUACUGUGUCUCCGGAGUCCAUUCAACUUGUGGCUGAACAUGCAGCUGCCAAUGACAAGUGUUUCAUGAUGAAUCUCUCUGCUCCAUUCAUUUGUGAAUUCUUCAAAGAUCCACAGGAGAAAGCUUUGCCAUACAUGGAUUAUGUUUUUGGCAACGAAACAGAAGCAAGAGCCUUCUCAAAAGCUCAUGGCUGGGAGACUGACAAUGUGGAAGAGAUUGCCAUAAAGAUUUCCCGGUGGCCUAAGGCAUCAGGAACACACAAGAGAAUAACUGUGAUUACUCAGGGUGCUGACCCUGUUGUUGUUGCCGAAGAUGGCAAAGUGAAGACAUUCUCUGUACCAUUGUUGCCUAAAGAAAAGUUGGUUGAUACUAAUGGAGCAGGUGAUGCUUUUGUAGGAGGAUUUUUGUCCCAGUUAAUUCAAGGGAAACCUAUUGAGGAAUGUGUAAGGGCUGGUAACUAUGCUGCAACUGCUGUAAUCCAAAGGUCAGGAUGCACAUACCCAGAGAAGCCCGAGUUCAAGUGAUUGUCAGUUUUGUCGUACUCGCAGUACAUUAUUUGUUAUUCUCAUUUUUGUAGUUUGAUAUGUUGGUGUUCAAGUGUUAUUGUUGGUUAAUCCUGAUCACUCAGCUUCUUUUCACCUGAAGCAUAUGAUUAUAUAUAUCAUUGCUGUGCGGGUUUAUGAUAUUGCUAUGUUAUUAAGAAUCUUACAGACGGAUAUUGAUAUUCCACAAAAUAAAUACAGUUUAAAAUUGCCGCUGCAAAGUUCUUUAGAA